AUGGCUCACUCCCACACCUUCUUCUUCCUGCUCGUCACCGCCGCUGCCGUCGGCAUGCGUGGCGCUAGCGCCGGGCUCGUUCCAGCUGUGCCUAUCGGCAAGCGGUACAUCGUCGGCGGUGCGGACGGCUGGGUUGUGCCGCCGCCGCAGAACAAAGACAUGUACAUCAAGUGGGCUGACAGCAUCCAGUUCUUCGUUGAGGACUCCAUUGAAUUCAUGUACAAGAACGACUCGGUCGGCAAGGUGAACAAGUACGCGUACUACCACUGCAACUGGACGGCUUCGGCUACGACGCCCGCCAACAAGGACGGCAGCGCACUCUUCCUCCUCGACGCCCCCGGAUUCGCCUACUUCGCCAGCACCGACGCCAGGCACUGCAAGAGGGGACAGCGCCUCAUGCUCAACGUCAAGGCCAGGCCUUCGUCGGCGCCGGCGCCGUCCCCGGAUGCGUCAGCAGAUGCGCCAUCUCCUCCCGUCGCUCGGCCGCCGUCGUCUGCGCCGGGGGCGCCGGCGCCCGGAGAACCGGUAAUGGUGGACGACAGCGCCGCCGCUCUAGCCUCCUCGUCUGGUCGCGGCUUAGUGCUGUGGGAGGACCGCUGCUUCGAGUUCCUCCUCCGCAUUGACGAGGACCCCGUCGGUAUCAAACGGCUCCCGGACAAGUUCACCGAGUUCGUCGAUGGCGUCAAGCCGGCCCGGUUGCAGCUACGGGAGGCCAGCUGCAACUUCUACCGGUGGCCUAUCGAGGUCUUGUUCGAAGGGCAGUGCAAGAUGUACCUACACAACGGGUGGAACAAGUUCACCCGCAACCUCGCGCUCGAGCCCGACUGCCAGCUCAUCUUCCUCUGCGAGGGGGACGACGAGAUGAUCGUCAAGGCCAAUUGA